AUGGAAGCGUACCUGGAGGAAGACUGUACACUGACGCUAUCGCAGCUGGUCUUUAGCGUGUUCAAGUCGAAGGUGAAUACGUAUCUAUCGGACAACCGUCAGCGCAUGUUCAACCAAGGCAUUUUUCUCACCAUGACUGAGUGAGGCAAGAAUGGCGUUGCUGGAGGACGCCGAAUAUGCGUCGAUCGGCUGCAUGCACCGUCAUCUCGUUGUUUCAAUGGCGCUGCACUGUCAACGUGCUGUGGCGGAUGCACUGAAGAUGGAGGACAUGCAGUAUGGGACAUAGGCUCUGGUUCGAAGCUCAUUGAGCAUGCGCAAGUAGCAUUUGCUUCGUAGGUAAUCCCACUUGUUGUGGAACAGCCCAAACUACCAUAAUAAAAUCUAGCCCAAAAUAAUGUUUGCGG